UAAUUUUUAUCGAACAUCAAUGGCGAUUUAUAUUAUUUGUUCUAAAUUUUAGCUGAAUUACAACUAUUUCACUCCUAUUCGUCAUCGUAGUACAAGAGCCUCAUGUCAAUGAUGGACGCUGAUUUUCAUGCUAAAUCCCAUAAUCAGUCUUCACAAAUUAAAAAUAAUAAAGUUCCAUUCAUCAUUGGUGUUGCUGGCGGAACGGCGUCUGGGAAAACAACUGUGUGCAAUGUGAUCAUGGCGAGACUCCAUGAUCGACGGGUUGUCCUCAUCAAUCAAGAUUCAUUUUAUCAUUGUUUUAGUGAUGAGCAAUCUGCAAAUCUCCAAGAUUACAAUUUUGAUCACCCUGAUUCGUUCGAUACAGAAUCUCUCCUCUCGUGUGUGGAAACAUUAAGAAAGGGGCAAUCAGUUAACAUACCGGAUUAUGAUUAUAAGAUGCAUAAGAAAAGUGGACCGGGUCGCUUGGUAAACCCAUCGGAUGUCAUCAUUCUAGAAGGAAUUCUAGUUCUACAUGACGAGAGAGUUCGAGAUCUAAUGAACAUAAAGAUCUUUGUUGAUUUAGAUUCUGACGUGCGGUUGGGAAGGAGGAUAAAACGCGAUACGGUUGAGAGAGGGAGAAAUAUCCAGUAUGUGCUUGACCAAUAUGAUAAACACGUAAAACCAAGCUUUGAGGAGUUCAUUCUUCCAUCAAAGAAACAUGCCGACAUUAUAAUCCCUAGGGGAGCAGAUAACGACGUUGCAAUCGAUUUGAUAGUGCAACAUAUUCGUACAAAGCUUGGUCAACAUGACCUUUGUAAAAUAUAUCAAAACCUUUUUGUUAUACCAUCAACAUUCCAGCUACGCGGAAUGCACACACUUAUACGAAAUGCCAAAACAAGAAAACAUGAUUUUGUAUUUUAUGCAGACCGACUUAUUCGCUUGGUUGUGGAACAUGGUCUAGGACAUCUUCCUUUUACCGAAAAACAAAUAGUUACUCCAACAGGAUCCAUCUACACAGGAGUGGUAUUCUGCAAAAGAUUGUGUGGGGUUUCAAUCAUCAGAAGUGGGGAAAGCAUGGAGAAUGCAUUAAGAGCUUGUUGCAAAGGAAUCAAAAUUGGUAAAGUUCUUAUACAAAGAGAAGGAAACGAUCGGCAGUUAAUAUAUGAAAAACUACCCAAAGACAUCGCUAGUCGUCAAGUUUUACUGCUUGAUCCAGUGCUUGCUUCAGGUGAUUCUGCGAUGGAGGCAAUCUCCUUGUUACUCAACAAGGGUGUAUCUGAAUCCAACAUCAUCUUCCUUAACCUUAUAGCUGCGCCAGAGGGAAUACAUGCAGUUUGUAGGCAGUAUCCGAGGCUGAAAAUAGUGACGUCAGAGAUUGAUGCAGGGCUGAACGAGCAUUCGAGGGUAAUUCCAGGCAUGGGCGACUUUGGAGAUCGUUACUUUGGCACUGGUGCUAAUGCUUCUGCCACAUUUUUGCCAAAGAAUAAAGCUUAACCAUCAACAACUUUAAGAUUUUUUGUUGAAAAGUACAGUUUUAAACUCUUACAGAUUGAUUACUGUUGACUACUGUGAUAACAAUAUGGUUAACAUUCAAUAUUCAUCUUCUUUUGCCUUUUGGGCUU